AUGAGCUGGAGCCGGGGCUUCCUGAUCGGCCUCCUGAGCGCAGCGUGGCUGCUGCGCUCCGGCCGCGGGGACCAGCAGCCUCCGGAGACGGCGGCGCAGCGGUGCUUCUGCCAGGUUAGUGGUUACUUGGAUGAUUGCACCUGUGAUGUUGAAACCAUCGAUAGAUUUAAUAACUACAGACUUUUCCCAAGACUGCAAAAACUUCUUGAAAGUGACUACUUUAGAUAUUACAAGGUAAACCUGAAGAGGCCAUGUCCUUUCUGGAGUGAUAUCAACCAGUGUGGAAGAAGGGACUGUGCAGUCAAACCUUGUCAAUCUGAUGAGGUUCCUGAUGGAAUUAAAUCUGCAAGCUAUAAGUACUCAGAAGAAGCCAACCUCCUUGAGGAAUGUGAGCAAGCUGAGCGACUUGGGGCAGUGGAUGAAUCGCUGAGUGAGGAAACACAGAAGGCUGUUCUUCAGUGGGCCAAGCAUGAUGACUCUUCAGACAACUUUUGUGAGGCGGAUGACAUACAGUCCCCUGAUGCUGAAUAUGUAGAUUUGCUCCUCAAUCCUGAGCGCUACACGGGUUACAAGGGACCGGACGCUUGGAAGAUAUGGAAUGUCAUCUAUGAAGAAAAUUGUUUUAAGCCACAGACAAUUAAAAGGCCCUUAAAUCCUUUGGCUGCCAGUCAAGGUGAGUUUUUUACUUUAUUAAAUGCUUUAUGCCCUGAAAGAUCAUUGUUUUUUUUUUUGUUAUCUUGGUUGGAAGCCUCAGUGAACAUAUUUAUUUCUUCUUUCUUCCUAGAAACCUGGUUGGAGAAGAAAUGGGGUCACAACAUUACAGAAUUCCAACAGCGGUUUGAUGGAAUUUUGACAGAAGGAGAAGGCCCAAGAAGGCUUAAGAACUUAUAUUUUCUCUACUUAAUAGAAUUAAGGGCCUUAUCCAAAGUGUUACCAUUCUUUGAACGCCCAGAUUUUCAACUCUUCACUGGAAAUAAAAUUCAGGAUGCAGAAAACAAAAUGUUACUUCUGGAAAUACUUCAUGAAAUCAAGUCAUUCCCUUUGCAUUUUGAUGAGAAUUCAUUUUUUGCUGGGGAUAAAAAAGAAGCACAUAAACUAAAGGAGGACUUUCGAUUACAUUUUAGAAACAUUUCUAGAAUCAUGGAUUGUGUUGGUUGUCUUAAAUGUCGGCUGUGGGGAAAGCUGCAGACUCAAGGUUUGGGCACUGCUCUGAAGAUCUUGUUUUCUGAGAAACUCAUAGCAAAUAUGCCAGAAAGUGGACCCAGUUAUGAAUUCCAUCUAACCAGACAAGAAAUAGUUUCAUUAUUGAAUGCAUUUGGAAGAAUUUCUACAAGUGUGAAAGAAUUAGAAAACUUCAGGAACUUGUUACAAAAUAUUCAUUAAGAAAAACAAGUUUGAAAUAUACCUAUUUCGGACAGUGGAGGCCAAAGAGUGGAAUUUCAUUCAAAGGCAUAAAAGCAAUGACAGUCCUAAGCCAAACAUUUUAUAAAAAGCUCUUUUUGUAAAAAUGAGAAUUGUUUUGAGUAACAGUUUUUUAAAAAAAUUGUGCUGUCUAUGUUUAAUAUUAUUGUGAGUGAAAGUACUAUCUCAAUAAUGAGGCAUAAAUUUUAAAGUUCAAUACUGAACAAAAGCAAGAUUAUCAGGUUCAUUUAUGAUAGGACUAGAAAAUGAUGUCAAGUUUCACAAACUGGAGUUUUGUGUAAGGAAGGGUAAAAAAAAUACAACUGUGGUAAUGUGAGGAGUUAAACUGGGGAGAAUGCUUAAUAAUAGGAAGAUGCUAAAGAGGCUUAAGAAUGACCCAUAAUUAAUAGCCAUACAUUUAGGGUUGUCAGAUUUAGCAAAAAAGAAUACAGGAUGCUCAAGUUAGAUUUGAACUUCUGAUAAUAACUAAUUUUUUUAAAAAUCUAAGUUCAUUGCAUAUAUUUGGAACAUACUUAUACUAAAAUUAUUUUUAUUAUUUAAAUGAAAUUUAAAUUUAUCUGAGAGUCAUCCUGUGUUUUAUUUGAGAAAUCUUAACACACUGGCAUGAAAGAAAUCACUUUUAUUGUUAUAUUGCUAUUUUGAUUGGGUUGUUUUAUAGGAAGGUAAAUAAAAACUUAAAGGCAAAUGAGAUUUUUAAACAUGAAAAGUUGAAUAGAUUAUAUAUUUAUUCUCAUAAUAUGUUCCCUAUACUGAGUAAAAUUUGGGGGAAGACUUUUUAUUUUUAUUGUAAUUUCAAAUUUAUAGAAAAGUUUUAAAAAUAGUACAAUGAACUCUUUUACUAAGAUUCACCAAUUGUUCAUUGGCUGUCCCUCCCUUCCUCUCUCCCUCCUUCCCAGUAUUGGAGAUUGAACCCAGGGCCUGAUACUAGGCAA